GAAUUUAAACUUUUAAAAAUUAAUUUUAAUUGAAUCUCUAACAUUUACUACAAUUGCUGAUGGAUUACAAUGGAACUAGCGUUCCGAGAAGGGUUGCAUGGAUAGACACAAAUAACAGUACAGAGUAUCAUGACGUGACAACCUCGAUUAUGCUCAGAAAAGAAAAACCCUACAAGGUUCUCUCUGACCCCGGGAGAAGCGCCGUCACCGUCUCCCUCCACCUACCCUCAGGGGUCAGCGAUAUAGCGGUAACGCUAAACCACUGUUCCACAUCUGAUGAAGUGCGGAUUUAUUUUCAAGUGAAUUCUGAGUUUCUGUAUAGAAGUUAUCAUGUUGCCAGCUCGGAUGAUUUCAGCGAGCAUACAUUUCGAGUUCCAUUGAAUACGAUAAAAAUUGGGAACAACAAAAUGGUCCUAGGCCUGAACGAGGGAAGUCAAGGGGAAUAUUUGUUGUCUGAUCUAAAUAUAAGAACUGGUAUGUUUAGAAGUUACAUGUAAUAUGUAUAGCAUUUGAAUAAAGAAAACUCGAUAUAAAAUUAUAUGAAAGGG